AUGGCUAACGAGUUAACCUUCAAGCCUGGACCUUCCAUCACCAUAUCCGAUACAGUCAAAGUUGAGAGCCUUUUAUCCUCGACCGGAGUAGCCAAUUUCCUGGGAAUACCCUACGCCACAGUGCCCGCUCGCUUUCGACAAUGUCGAUUGCUAGACCUUGAAAGUGCAACACCGAGCGAUGGGGGCGUACUCAAAGCCACGGAAUAUGGACCUGUAUGCUCACAGCCAGGCGAAAUAUGGGAAUCCGACAGGGCAUUCAUGUUGGAAGGGUUGCGUCCUCUACUAAAAGUCAAUGGAAAAGUAAUCAAGAGCUCCGAGGAUUGUCUGCGAGUGAAUAUCCAUGUUUCCCCUGAAACGUUAGUAUCAGGUGCAAAGAAACUACCUGUUUAUGCCUGGAUUCAUGGCGGUGGAUGGACGAUUGGAGAUGGUAACACUGGAGCGGAUGGAAACUACCUCGUCCGCAAAGCCAUGGACUUGGGCCAACUUUUCGAUUCGAUAGGCAUAAACUACCGCUUAGGAUAUCACGGCUUCCUAUCAUCAAAAGAGCUGGAGGAUGAAGCAAAAGAGUCCGGGGAAACAUACUUUGCGAAUAAGGGUCUGCAUGACCAGCGUGUUGCUUUGCUUUGGAUUCAAAAAUACAUCCAUCACUUCGGCGGAGAUCCAGACAAUGUGACUAUUGCCGGAGAAUCAGCGGGUGGAUGGUGCGUUCUGGCUCAUCUUCUCUCAAACGUCCCAAUCUGUAAAAGAGGGAUUAUCGAAUCAACCCCAAUUUGGACAUUCCCACCUCUCGAGGACGCUCAAAGGACAUUCGAUCGCAUGGUCGCAAGCACGGGACUCCCUGACUCUGCCACCGGGCCUGAAAAGCUUCAAGCUCUGCGAGCUCUGUCUGACGAUGAGAUGGGAAGACUGCUGAACGGGGUCUAUUCUCGACCUAUAUGGGAUCCGAACUGGUUCGUAUAUCAGAAAGAUUCAAGUACGCCUAUGGAACGCUUGGAUAAAUUCCCUAGUUGGGUUCAAGGCGUCAUGGUAGGCUGGACGAAAGAUGAAAUGGCUCUCUGGGGCUGUACACAAUGGACAACCAUGACCCCUACAGACAUCAUCACCUGGAUAAAAGACAUCUCACCCAACCCACCCUUCGCCGAAGAGUUAAUGCAAGUAUAUCACAUUUCCGAGCACCAAUCUCAACAGUCCAACUUUGCGGCUUUACUCAAAAUGUCCACCGAGUUGAUAUACGGCUGUGUUCCUCCAUUGAUAGGCUCCCACCCGACGCCGAAAGUAUGGGUAUUCCGAUUUGAUCAGACUGAUGAUUUCCCUCAAAGUGCGUACAGGGGUUACUCGUAUCAUUCACUUGAUGUGGCGUUUGUGCUUUGUACACCAUCCGUGGCUGGUCCGGAGGCGGAUAGUGAUUACCGGCAGACAUCAGACAGAAUUACGGAGGCCUGGGCAUCGUUUAUGUGUGGUGAGUCACCGGGUUGGGGGCCGUUUACGGAGACGAAGGAUGUGAUGUUGUUUGAUGGGUCGAGGAGUAGGGUUAUACAAUGGUGUGAGAAGGAUGCUGUUUGGUACACGCUUGCAACGAGUGAAGAGAGAGAAGACUGGCUUAGGAGUAUCGGGAGAAAGCUGCUUAGCAAGAAGAGGGAUUUGUGA